UGUAGGCGCUGGGCAGCCGGAAGAUGGCGGAUGGAGCUGGGAAGCUGCAGGAGGAGGCGCUCAGGCGGAAGGAGCGGCUGAGGGCUUUGAGGGAACGGCAGCUACAGAACGGUGCAAGUAACCAGAAGCUGGAGAAUGAGGGACACUUGACCUCGGAUAGAAAAAUGGCAUGGAAAGAAGGGAGUGGAAGAUCAAACAAUUUUGAGGAGAAGUGGAAGAGCAAAAAAGAGAACCGAAACCAAGAUGAAGGAGAGCCAGAGAAUAAACAGCUCAAAGAAGACGAGGAUACGGAUGAGGAAGUGAAGCAUCGAGAAUUAAAACUCCGCAACUAUGUCCCAGAAGAUAAGGAGCUGAAACAACGACAGGUGCCCAAUGCCAAACCAGCUUCAGUGGAGGAUAAAGUGAAGGAUCAACUCGAAGCAGGGAAGCCUGAGCCAAUCAUUGAAGAAGUGGACUUGGUGAACCUUGCUCCCAGGAAGCCAGACUGGGAUCUGAAGAGGGAUGUAGCUAAGAAACUGGAAAAAUUGGAGAAGAGGACACAGAGAGCAAUAGCAGAACUAAUCCGUGAGAAGUUAAAAGGUAAUGAAGAUGAUCUGGCAUCUGCAGUUGGAGCUCUGAAGCAGGAGGAUUAUGACUCUGAGUGAUUCAGAUUUUCAUAUGACAGUGGAGGUGUGGGGGAGACCAAACGCACAGCAGCUGACUUCAUGGAAUGAGAACACUGUCACUGUACUCAGAGUGAUCACACUGAAGAGGAAAGAGAUUGUUCAGCCUUUUUUUUUCCCCCCAAGAAGAUUCUGCAAUUGUUCCUACAAUGAUUGUCCACGCUCAACCAGCUGACCUGAAACUCAAUUAAACUUGUUGCUGCAUGAAGAA